AUGUCUAGCGGUGGAUACUCUGGCUCCGAAGCGUCGGACGCUGAGUCGUCUGAUCCGCUGCUGGCGACUUCCAGCAAGUCGUCGAGGGCAGGAAGCGGGCUUUCGCCAGCGCGAUUUCUCAGCAUCAAUACAACAUACCCCAAAAAUGCGCUUCGGUCGCCCUAUGGUCUUGAUGACCCAAGAACCCCUCUUUUGACGCCGCUCCGGACUCCUAAGACGCCAUCAAGGGAGCUGAAUACGGUGCCCGAGUCCGCUUCCGCAGGCAGGAAUAUCAAUUGGUCGUCGGCCUACUUCCUUAUCAUCUCGAGGGUGAUAGGAUCUGGAAUCUUCGCGACACCAGGCGUGAUAGCUCAGUCAGCAGGCAGCAUCGGCCUUGCCCUCUUGCUAUGGCUACUCGGCGCCAUCAUCUCAGCGUGUGGGCUGGCAGUCUCACUAGAACUCGGUUGCAUGCUGCCACGGUCUGGUGGUGAAAAGGUCUACCUAGAGUUUAUAUACGACAAACCGCGGUUUCUGGCCAGCACCGUGAUCGCGGUUCAAGCGAUGCUUCUAGGUUUCACGGCGAGCAACUGCAUCGUCUUUGGCAAGUACAUGCUGUUCGCGCUGAACCUUGAGCCAACCGACGUCGCCCAACGAAUUUGCGCCGCGGGCCUUGUGGUCGUUGUUAGUAUCAUCCACGGUCGCUGGCUCAAAGGCGGAAUCAUGAUUCAAAACGUCCUCGCCUGGAUCAAGAUCGCAGUCAUCGCCUUCAUGGCCUUUUCCGGCAUCAUCGUCCUGUUGUUCCAGUCUCAAGGCACGCUGUCCGACGUCCAUCAGCGCCCAAAUCCAUUCUCGUGGGAUCACAUCUGGGAAGGUUCGGCUUGGAACUUUGGCACGCUUGCGACUUCAUUCUUCAAGGUAUCGUAUGCCUACUCCGGCUUCGACAAUCUCAACAACGUCAUGGACGAAGUCGAGAAUCCGGUUCGCACACUCAAAUCCGCAGCGCCUGCCGCGAUGAUAACAAUCUUUGUCUUUUACUUGUUCCUCAACAUAGCCUACUUCGUUGUCGUUCCCCUCGACGAGAUUAAAUCCAGCGGCGAGCUCGUUGCCGCCCUCUUUUUCCAGCGUGUGAUGGGUGAAGGAAUCGGAACCCGAGUCCUCCCAGUUCUCAUCGCCCUUUCGGCGGCAGGAAACGUCAUGGUGACCACCUUCGCGCAAGCCCGUGUCAACCAGCAGAUUGCGCGUCAGGGAUUCCUGCCCUUCGCACGAAAACUGUCCUCCUCGAGGCCGUACGGAACACCACUAGGUGGUUUGCUUGUCCAUCUGAUACCGUCCUUGGCAGUGAUCCUACUACCACCGCCAGGAGCAGUCUACAGCUUCAUCCUCGAAGUCAAGGGGUAUCCUGCGCAAAUAACAUCUCUCGCAAUUGGCUGCGGCCUUCUCUGGCUCCGAUCACGCAGACCAGACCUCAGACGACCCUUCAAGGCCUGGAGACCAUCUGUCUACCUGCCAAUACUUCUCUCUGCUGCCCUCCUUCUUGCCCCAUUCUUCCCACCGGACGCGGGCAAGGCCGAGUUCAGAUUCUGGUAUGGCACUUAUGCUGUCGUCGGCAUUUCCACGAUUUUGAUUGCUGUUGCGUACUGGUUUGUAUGGAUCAGACUGCUGCCAUGGUGGGGCGGUUAUAGGUACGAAGAGGAUAUUGACCAGCUAAGUGACGGAACCAAGAUUUCGAAGCUGGUUCGAUUGCCUUCAGAGAAUUCUUACGACGGUGUUGACAGCGACGACGACGAAUUAAGUACUAUCGAAGAGGACGCGAGGGAAAAGACCAGCUUAGAUAUACAAGAAAAAGUAAGUGACGAUGGUUAAGAUGACGCCAGUGUAUAUAAAUUACGGCACCAGCAUCUGCACGAGCAUCAGCAUCAGCAUCAGCAUCAGCAUAAUUGUGCAUCCUGU